AUGACUUUUGAAGAUCCGCUUCGGUGCACGGAUGCACCCAAAUCAACCCCGAGCGACGCGGGCAUCGCAGGCACAGGGAUCCUCCUGUCCUUCAUGGCCACCGCGGGCCUAGCCAUCAUCCUGUCGGCCACGGUCAUUGUCGGCGAGAUGCGUGGCAAGCCGUCGACGAUUCGGCGAAAACUUCUCAGCGGCUACAGCGACUCCCAAAUCCUGCAGGGCAUCGGCAUCCAGAGCGUCGGGCUGGCCAAGAUGAAUUCGUUGGUGCCCUACCACUUCUUCUUGAUAUGGAUGCUGUCGUUGCUUUCCAUGGCAACCCACAACGCCACGCUGCUUGCGCUCGUCCGCGACUACCGUCGCGACUGGGUGAUUCGAUGGCUGCGGCAGUUUCUCAUGUUCGUCAACCUGGCCCUCUCGAGCGUCUCGGGCGCCUUCGUGCUGCAAGCCGUGUCCAAGGGGAUGGAGCGCUCCACCCUGCCCAUCGCGUGUGUGUGGCAGGUCGCUGGCGACGGAGCCGCGCCCAACGCCAGCCUCUCUUAUGUGGGCACCAUUGUUGUCAUUGCUGGAAACUGCAUCAUCUUCGGUCUGGCAACGUGGUAUCUGCACAGCCGUGCGCCGCGGUUUUUCAAGGGGGUGCAGCUUGUCGGACUGCUGCUCAUGGCGGCCAUCGCUGUCGGGGCGGCCAUCCGAAUCGGCCUCCUGUCCCAGGCUUUCGGUCGGCCGUCGGUCACGCUGAGCGACCAGGGCGAAAAGGUCUGGAGUUUUGGGCAGCUUUUGUCCAUGCUCCUGCUAGUCUAUCCGCUCGUCAACGUUGUGGAAAUCUACAGGGGCGAGAUGAGCGUCGCCGGAUCCUCCGACGAGGCGAAGAAGUUACGCGUCUAUGACGGAGAGCUGCAGUCGGAUCCUCACACGCACAAUUCUUUCCAGCCCAAUCCCCUGUUUGGAUCGCAAACAAACUUGUUCGGCAAAGGCGACGGCCAGGCGCAUAGGCUGUGA